AUGUCAAAGCCAAGAAGAGUGAGGUUGGGUCAGCAGCUGCUCCCAGCCUUCGCGCCGUUGGUACUCUUGGGCCUGUCCUACGCUGUGAAUUUUGUAGGCUUAGACGUCGGCACGUACACCUACUCUGUCCAAGACACCAAGGGCUUUAUCGCGGUGCGGGCGGAUAGCCUGAACCCCGACCCCACCCGACUGGCAUUCAGAGAUUCGAGCAAAGCCUGGCUGGCGGGACUGGCCAAGCUGCCUAUCGGCACUAACACCCGCAAUGGGUCAGAUCUUCGCUCGGCCAACUGUCCAAACGGCAGCGUUGUGGCGGGUUUUGUGACGACGGAAGGCCGAGCGAACAGCGCCCCGAACCAGUACGGCAUUACCAAACUUGACGUGUACUGCAUUGCCUCCAACGGCAGUGCAGCGAUAACGAAAUUUCCGCCGCCGCCGCCGCCGUUACUCAGUCCAGCUAUGCCGCCACCCCCGCCGCCGCCGCCGCCGCCACCAUCACCGGCGCCGCCGCCGCCCAAGAAGCCUAAGCCGUCGCCGCGGCCGCGAUCAACGCCGCCGUCGCCGGUCUCCUCGCAGCCGCCGUUGCGCCUGCCGCCGCUAUUGUCCCGUUCACCGCCGUCGCGGAUGCUGUCGCCGCCGCCGCGGCACAAACCUAGCCCGUCGCCGGCGCUCACCGGGCCCCGUACGGCGUUCACCGCCGCCGCACCGGCGUUCACCGCCUCCGUCGACGUGGGUACAUGGAGUGACGGCUUGGUGUGGCGUGACGAUGAGGCGAAGAGCGCCUUUCCGUGGGCGUGGGUAGUUGGCGGUUGGCGUGCGAUUUGUGCGAACGGUCAAAAUCAAAUGAUUGAAAGAAGUGUUUUAGUGAUUAUUUUUCAGUCCCUUCUCUUACCAGCCACACCUCAUUUCGCGCGCAUUGUUGAAAAGCGGAGGUUCGGGGUUGAUGUGGGUGCGCGCGAGAACACCUUGAGCGGUGUUUUUGUUUUUCCGCGACACCAUGUAUUACGCGUCAACAUCAGUCAGUCUCACCACCAACCUCCUUUCACCGCAUUGUGGCCAACUCGCAUGCACCAAGAAUUCUGA